AGAACAGAUUCUGCAUGGACAUGCAACAAGCAGAUAAACAUAAAGAGUGUGCUGGAGGAACUGGGCCUGUUCAUUGAUAGUGUCGGGAGAAGGACUUUGUGGAGAGGUGUUGGGGCAUGUCAGCCAUCAUGGCAUCAAUCACUGUCACAUUGCACCUCAAGGACUACAUUUUUGUGAUUCCAUACAGCAUAGUUGUCCUCAUUUUCUAUGGGGGAGGCCCAGCUGGAGUAGCCCCAUCUCUUACAAAUGAGAUUUUCAUCCAAUCAUAUCGUCCAGCUGCAUUUGUGUUUACUGGGAUCCUGCGCUGGUUAGGGUUCGUCAUGCUUAGAUUCAUCUUACACUUCUUUACAGCUGCUCUGAAGUCUCUGAGCUUUUCUGUUCUCCUGCAUUUGUCUAAUAGCUGUGCUCUGUCUUCAUCCUUCCCAAAACGAAAGGCAAAACUCCCCUUGAGAUUUCCAGAGAGCUUAAGAACAUCAGAGCAUGUGGAUCCACCAAAGAAGAUGUCAGAUUCUUAAGACAAAGCUGAAAGUUCAGGAUACCUUGAUACAUCAAUGUGGGUGGAUGUAAACUGACAAGGAAAUAUUUAAUUAAAAAACGUUAAAGGCUGAUUAGCCAAUCCUUUAUGUAAGGAAUAAUGUACAGUCAACAGGAGAGAUCUUGUACCAUCCUGAAGGGGUUUAUGCUGUGUUACCAGCUAACUGCACAUGAUCCUGCUUAUUACAUAGUAAUAAGUCAAAUAAAUAAUCAAAUGGACAUUUAAAUAUUUAUUUACGUUGAACCUAUAUUAUUAAAUGAGAAGAGACUGGUUGGACUUCAUAUAUUUUAGUGUUUGUUUACU